GGUAGUAAGUGUGGGCCACUCUUAUUUGGAAUUUUGGGGUACGCCUCUCACAAGCAAUCUCUUAAUACUACUUUCGGUGUUAUUUUUGGACUCUUUUUUCUCUCAAAUUCUAUAAAUAACUUUCCAUUUCCCACCAUUUCUACUCUACUCUACUCUCUCUCACCUUCUUCUUCUUCUUCAUUUUUCAUAUUUUUAACCAAUUCUGGAUGAUUCUGCCUUCUGGGUAUUUUAAUAGGUUCCAAUUUUGGAAGUUCUAAGUAGAGAUUGAUAAAAAAAAAGUUUACUUUUUGGAGUUUUGACUGUUGACUUUAAGCAAUAUCUGUUUCUGGGUAUUGCUCAAAAUUUGAUUUUUCUUUUUUGUGUUUUGUUUGUUUUGGGAUAUAAUAUUUUGUGGGGUGUGGGGGUGAUUUAAAACAAUACUUGUACUGCAUUUGUUUUUUAAAGACAAUGAUUGAUCUGUUGUACACAAGGAACAUACUAUGGAAAUCUUACUCAAUUCUUGGUAAGAAAUCAACUGUUUCUAAAAGCUUUUACUUUUGGAUUUUCCAAAUCUUCAAUAGAUACAGCUUAGGUACUUAGCUAAAACAAACAGUCCAAACAAGUCAUACAAUAAUCUUUCCAAGUUUGCUUUCUUCUCAAUUUGCUUAUAUUCUAUUAUACAUAAGAAAAUCUGUUAAUUAGUUAGUGAGACAUAAUAUGACCAAUAUGGGAGGAGCAUCACUGCCUCCUGGUUUUAGAUUUCAUCCAACUGAUGAAGAAUUGGUGGGAUAUUACCUCAAAAGAAAAGUGGAAGGACUCGAAAUCGAGCUUGAAGUUAUUCCGGUCAUCGAUUUGUACAAGUUUGAUCCUUGGGAAUUGCCUGAGAAAUCAUUCCUUCCAAAAAGAGAUAUGGAAUGGUUCUUCUUCUGUCCAAGAGACAGAAAAUACCCGAAUGGUUCAAGAACAAACCGAGCUACUAAAGCCGGCUACUGGAAAGCCACUGGGAAAGACAGGAAAGUUGUGUGUCAAUCUGGUAGUGUAACUGCAUACCGAAAGACCCUUGUUUUCUACUGUGGACGCGCUCCUUUAGGAGACCGAACAGAUUGGAUCAUGCACGAAUAUCGCCUUUCAGAUGAUUUUACUCAAGGCGCGCCUAGUUUUCAUGGUGGCUAUGCAUUGUGUCGAGUUGUGAAAAAGAAUGAGAAUGGACAGAAGCUCAAUGAUUGGCUUGGAGAACCGAAAGGUAAGAAGAUUGGAAGUAGCUCAAGUAAUGGUGGGCUUAUUUUGAAUGAGCCUUUGGGAAUAAACUCUGGUGAAGCUUCAUCUCAUGCGAGUCGAUACUCGAGUCCUAUAAUGUCUCCAAAUGAAGUGACUCCUGUAUCAGAUUUUGAGCCAUCUGUGACACAAACCAACCCUGCAAGCUUUUGGGUCUCACCAGACUUAAUUUUGGAUUCAUCAAAGGACUAUCCACAACUUCAAGCAGCCAUACCAGAUUACUUUGGACAAUAUGAGUGUCCAAGCUCAUCAAUGACACCAUGGCAAUCAUAUCAUGAACACACUGAGAUUUCACCUAGUUCAUCAUACUCGAAUUUGAAUGGUGGAAUUGAACUUUCUGAUACAAGUUACAUGGAUUUUUAUGGAAAUGAAGUAAUGGAAUAUGAAGGUUAUGGCCAGACCAACUCAAUGAGUUAUAUGCAACCAUUCUAAUAAGCAAAAAAACAGAUGUCAUUUUGACUCUUUUCCAAUGCAGAGUGUCAAAAUUAGCUUCAAUUUGCAGAAAGUCUAUGGCUGCAACAACACCAUUGAUCAUUUUAGCAUUAACCAACUGGGAAGAUCAUGUACUGAUUCGUAGAGAAAUCGCCCGAGACAACGCAUUUUAAAGUUGGUUCUUGGUAGUAGUAGAGAAAAAUAAUGAGUAUAAACUCCUUCAAACCUAUUAAGCUGAAGUAGUUUUAAUGUUUUAUGACUGUUGCUUGCUUUUCUUUGUUCGAAUUAAGCUGCUUACGUAUCCUUUUUGUUCUUUAUUUCGGUUUUAUGUGUUUUUUUCACUUUGUACCAGGUGAAAUCACUUUUAUCAAUUUCAUCUGUAGUUGGUUUUUGGAGUAAAAAACUAAAUGAUGAAUAAAUUUGUCUUCUUUGCAUUAAAGCU